AUCUGUUCAAGGUACUAUAGAGCCCCAGAGCUCAUAUUUGGUGCUACUGAAUACACAACGGCAAUUGACGUUUGGUCUGCUGGCUGUGUUCUUGCUGAACUCCUUCUAGGACAGCCUAUAUUCCCUGGCGACAGUGGUGUUGAUCAGCUUGUUGAAAUCAUCAAGGUUUUAGGUACCCCUACAAGAGAAGAAAUUAAGUGCAUGAAUCCAAAUUAUACGGAGUUUAAAUUCCCACAAAUCAAAGCUCACCCAUGGCACAAGAUCUUCCAUAAAAGAAUGCCUGCUGAAGCAGUAGAUCUUGUCUCCAGACUCUUGCAAUAUUCACCAAGCCUGCGUUCAACUGCUUUGGAAGCAUUAAUUCAUCCAUUCUUCGAUGAACUCCGGGACCCAAACACCCGUUUGCCGAACGGCCGUUUUCUUCCUCCCCUCUUUAACUUUAAGCCCCAUGAGUUGAAGGGUGUGCCGAUGGACAUCCUGGUGAAGCUCAUCCCUGAACAUGCUCGGAAGAACUGUGCCUUUGUAGGAUGGUGAUCCGCCAGACGGCUGCUUGAAGUUUAGUUCAGAACAAAUCCAGUUGUUGUCUACUAGAAACCCCAGGAGUUUGAGAUUGUCUGCAGCCACACGGGAUAUAGGCGAUGACACAUGUGAUUAUUAUUCCUUUUCUCGUCCGAGACCUCGAUGCCAUGUAUUCUUUCCCCCUACUGCCGAUGUAACAAACCACCCAUGAUACUGUAAGUAGAUGAGAAGUGUUUCGACCGUUUUCCCCUGAGCUCAUGUGCUAUGCAAUGAAGGAUGCACCCUAUGUACCGCCAAUAUUUGGUCCAGUAUUUGUUCAUGGAUCGAGGCUAUAAUUCAUUUGUACUCAUCACAUUGUUCUGUCAGAUACUCUCAAGUUUUUCAUUUUUGCUAUCUGGUACAAACUGAACAAGUUGACAAAUCCUCAACCACUAAGUUGUUGAACUUGAGUAGAUACUGCUGCCUCGUGUUUGUAUCCCAGCAAAUCAGGCUGAGGGCCUGCAUUCUCUUAAGAAAAAGAAGGAAAAGGUGUGGCUACGCCCAGGGGUACUCGCUCAGUCCCCUUAUCCUUACCCUUGGGUUCCAUGGAGAUCGAUGAAGACAUAGCAAGAAGAUCAAUGAAACCUUUAUUUGUAUGAUUAUAUCCAGCUGGUCAAAGAAUCGGUUGACAUUAAAAAAGGAAGAGUCGACCCAGACACCUACAAAAUAGUCAACUUCGGAGGAGGAUAAGGAAACGCUGGAGCAAGUAGUUGAGAUCGAAGCUGAUUAAUCGAGAGAACAUGGUAAGAAUGCUUCGAGGGCUCGUGACCCUCGCCGCCGUCGUCGUCGCGCUGGAGUGCUGUGAACUCCCACGCAGGACGGAUGGCAGGUGCGUCCUGUUCAACUUCGGCGACUCAAACUCCGACACUGGCUCCCUCCCUGCCGCCUACGGCUUCUACCUCGGCCCGCCCGCCGGCCGCCGCUUCUUCAACCGGACCACCGGCCGCUGGUCGGACGGCCGCCUCUACAUCGACUUCAUUGCCGAGAACCUGGGGAUCAGGUACCUGAGCCCGUACCUGGAGUCGUCGGGUCCCAACUUCACCGAUGGAGUGAACUUCGCGGUGGCCGGGGCGGCGGUGGCGAGCAACCAGAGCGCCAUCCCGUUCACCAUGGCCACGCAGGUGAACCAGUUCCUGCAUUUCAAGAACCGGACCCGGGAGCUCCGGCCGCUGGGGCAGGGCUCGAUGCUACCGGAGGAGGAUUUCCGGGGAGGCGUGUACUCGAUCGACGUCGGGCAGAACGACAUCACGCUCGCCUUCCUUGCCAACCUCACGCUGCCGGAGAUCGUCGCGGACGGUGGCCCGCUCGCGGCUGUCGCCGCCAAGGUCGAGGAGGCCGUCCGGGCGCUGUACGCCAGCGGCGCGCGCAAGUUCUGGGUGUACAACACGGGGCCCAUCGGGUGCCUGCCGCAGACGCUGGCGCUGCGGCAGAGGCCCGGCGACGAGCUUGACCCCGCCGGCUGCCUCGCCCGCUACAACGCCGCCGCCCGGGCGCUCAACGCCAACCUCGCCGCAGCGUGCCGCCGGCUCGCGGACGAGUACUGCGGGAGCGCGAGCGUGGUGUGCACCGACAUGUACGCCGUCAAGUACGACCUGUUCGCCAACCACGACCAGUACGGCAUCGAGCGGCCGCUGAUGGCGUGCUGCGGCCACGGCGGGCCGCCGUACAACUACGUGAACCUCAAGACGUGCGGGCAGCCGACGGCGACGGCGUGCCCGGAGGGGGAGAGGCACGUGAGCUGGGACGGCGUGCACUACACCGAGGACGCCAACGCUAUCGUCGCCUCCAAGAUACUCUCCGGCGACUUCUCCCAGCCGCGCACCAAGCUCCAGGCACUGUGCAAAUAAGAACACGACCACUUGUGGUUUUGGUCGAGGUGUAAGUACUAGUAGCAUUUAUUAAAGCGAAGACAAAAAACUGGAUCAGGUACACCUCGACCGUUGUUUCCUCAGCUACUAAUAAGAUCCGCUCCACGGGUAGUUUUUACUGGAAUUGUUGGGAACUUGCUCAGGACUAUAUAGAGUAUGCUUUAGAA